GGCACUUGCAAGUGUAGCGUCGGGUUUACAGGCGAAGGUUGCAACAAUCGCGUCGUUUGCUGCUCUGACCCCGAUCGGUGUCACCAUUCCGUGUGUGACAUGGACCCCGCAGAUGUGAUCGUUGUGUCCGGAGAGUUCGGUGACGACAUCCAAGGAACCGGCCAACUGAUGAAUGCAGGUGAAAAGGGAACAGCCUCAAAGGCGGUCAAGACGCUUUCUCGCGCUGUGGCGUUGAGUAGCCGUGGAUGUGCAAUUCUCAUCCAUCCUGGGGAAUAUUCUGGCUCAUCAAACCGUGACCUGGAAAUCAGUUCGUCAAAUUUGACAUUUACUACGCUGAAAGGGCCGUUUUGGACUAGUGUCGACUGUGAAGAGCUGUCACGGUUUAUUCAGAGCGCCUCCUCGAUUUUAGUAGUGGAGGGGCUAACGCUACAGAACUGUAUCGCGGGAGAUGGGGGAGUUUUUAGUGCCACUGAUGGGCAUUUUACAGCCAGAAAUAUGCUCAUAACUAACUCCAAAGCGGUGGGGAGGGGUGGUGCGCUGUAUACAAGUGGCAGCAAUGUCUCUCUGGACCAAGUGCGGAUAGAACAAAGCUCAGCUGGUACUGAAGGAGGGGCGCUGCAUUUCGAGGGUUCGAAUGUCACGAUGAUUUCCUCCAACGUGACGCAAAGUACUGCUCUUCGGGGUGGAGCGUUAGCUCUGCGCGGAACUAGCUCCCUUUCCACAGACGACACUACCUUUGAGGAGAAUAAUGCAACAGACAUCGGAGGCGCGCUUUACGUUAACGGGGAUGUCUCGCUCGACGGCGUGGUGCUGUUAAGAAAUAGAGCACCGAAUGGUGGUGGAAUUGCAAUGGAUAAUGGGAUUCUCACGAUGGAAAACUGCGUCGUUGAGAACAACAGUGCCGUGGUAACUGGUGGAGGACUGUUGCUAGGAGGCAAGUCUACAGUGACCGCCACUGCCACCUCCAUCCACAUCAAUGAUGCUGGUACCAGCGGGGGAGGGGUAUACGCUUCAGGCACCAUCAACAUUACUUUCGACAAGCAAGCCACUGGCCCUUCUUCAGUUCUGGGCAACACGGCAUGUAAGUAUUUCCUUUUGUUUCAUAUUUCGACGUAUGUUCACUAA